AUGUAUCGCCCUCAAGUUAUAUAUUGGUUAAAUUUGUUAAUUUUAUUGUUUUCUAUAUAUUAUGUAUUGGCUAAUCAAGUCUAUAUAUCUGUCGAUAGUACUGGAAAGAUAGAAAACUUAGUAAAUAAUAUACCAGAUAAGAAGGGUUCAUUAACUCCCAAUUUACUUAAAGCUACAGAUUUGGUGAAAAUAAAGAGUAAUGAAGAGUUUGAAGAUUGUAGUUGUAUUGUAGGGAAUUCAUGCCUUACAUUUGGAGAUUGCUAUGGAGCUGCAGCAGCUACAGUUAUAGGUAUACUAAUUAUUUUGUCAGCUAUUGGAAUAAUUGUUCAACAUUUUGCAGGAAUCCCAGAUGAAUUCUUAACUACUCAUCAUCCUGCUAUUGUUGAUAGUGCCAGAAUUCCAUGCAACUGCUUAUGUCCAAUACAAAUUCGCGAACCAGCUCAUCCAGACAUGAAAACCUCAGUGAAUGUAACAGAUAGUGCUACUGCAAGUUCAGAGUCUUAG